UUGACUGCGUAUAGGUUAAUAUUAUCACAAAAAAAAACUUUUGACUAAAAGCAACUUUUGUUUGCGAACAACAAAAAGUGACAACUUUUAAUUAUCACUCUAAUUAGUUAGUUGAUUGUUUUACCUUGUUAAGUGUUCAACCAAAAUGUUACCAAAUUAAUUAGCUGACAAUUAAAUCUAAUCAUCAACUAUAAGCCAAAAAUGAAAAUAAAAUGAUUAAAUAUUAGACUUUGAUUUUGAACAUUUUGUUAAUUGUGUAAUUUGUGCCAUCGACUGUAAUUAUAAUCCCUAAUCAACUUAAUCAACUAAUUGUAAUCAAUUGGAAACAAAAGUUAUCAACAAUUGAUUUGUAAUCAAUACAAAUUCAUUGACUAGGAAAUAGCAAAAAAAACUCGUUGAUUGUGAUCACAAUUAAGAUUGAAUCUUUUUAACCAAUUUUAAUUAACUCAACCAUUUUUGUUUACUCCAAUUUUAAAGUGAAUCAACUUUAAUUACAAUGGAUUUAACCUUAAUUAUAAUUAAUAUCCUUUCACUUUUAAUGUCUAUUUUUCAAUUAUGUACUAAUGGAUUAAUACUAGAAGAUGUCUAUGUGCCUUCAGAAGUUCUGGUCGGCGAUUCGGUUUGGCUAAACUGUACUUAUGUCCUCCAAGGCGUCCAAUUGUAUUCAAUCAAAUGGUACAAGGAUAAUGUUGAGUUCUAUCGUUAUUUACCUCAAUCCGAUCCACCAAAGCCACAGGGAAUUCCUUGUGAUGGAGUAUAUUUAGAUUUAUCCAAAUCGACCCUCGGUCACGUCUUUUUGAAUACAACCGAUUUAAAUAGUCAAGGUGAAUAUAAAUGCGAAGUCUCAUCGGAAGCUCCGUUCAAAACAGUUCGUAAAACUCAACCACUUCGAGUCCUAUCAAAUGGAUCAUCUCGUAUGAUUAACUCAUCUUAUCAUCUUUGGAAUGGUCUGCUCAUCAUCAUCAUCUUAACAACUUGGAAUCCAUCUAAUGGAUUGAGCAUCUCAUCAUCUCUUUGAAAUAAAAAAGACACAAAAUCAUUUCUGUUAACAUGUAAUAAUAUUUUCAUUUGGAACUGAACAAGAUGAAAAUGAAAAAGAUUCCGAAUGAACAUUUAAAUCAAAUGUAAAGAGUGGAAGAGGAAAAACAAUGAAUUUCGGGGUGGGGUGGGUAUGGAAUAGGAAAAGGAAACGAGGAAGGGAGUGGGAGAGAUGAUGACAUCUAAAGGGAUGUAAAUGGGAGGCGGAAAAGGUUAGGAGAGGUGAGAGGUGAGAGGAAGAGUUAAAAUGUUAGUUCUAUAACAUUAGCGUUGAUUGACUUUCUUUUUGUAACUAAUUUGUUUUUCCUUUCGCUGAUUAAUGAUAAUCACAAGCUCAAAGUUUAACUUUGUUUAAUCAUUGUGAUUAACAAUCGAUUAUGAUGACUAAUUAACUUGACUUAAUCUUCAACAUCUGAUUAAUUAUGUUUAAAUAUUCUGAUUAUGAGUAUUGAUUGAAAUUCAAUUGCGACAAUAAUAAGAAUCAACUUUUUCCUUUUUGGUAUAAAUAAUUGUAUAACUAAUUAACUAAUUGUAACAAUUAAAAUCUUGUUAGUUAACCAACUUUUUUUGUUAUUAAGCAAAAUCAGAUCGCUUAUCAUAAUUAACUCAUUGAUUCACUUUAAUUGCUUCGGUUUAAUCGUCAAUCCUUGAAAUCUUUAUAAUAAUUAACAUGUUAAAUUAUAAACUUUAAUCCGAUUUAAACAAUUAAUUCCACUUAAUCAUUAUUUCCCUACCUCACGAUUGCUUUGGACAAUUAGC